UUGCGCUCUUACAGCGGGCACACAAUGAGUGUCAGCGGUCUGCAGGCGCUGGGAGGCGUCUUGGUGACGUCAUCUCUUGAUAAGAUUGUUCGAUGUUACGAUAUUGAGACUGGCGAACUUCUUCAACUUUAUGGCGGGAACACUAACAUGAUAUUUUCCUUAUGUGUUCUUGGAAAUAUGAUCUACACGGGUUGUCGAGAUGGUCGUUUAUCAAGUGUGAAACUAGAUCUUAGGAAAUAUCACAGUUGUAAAUGGCGCAAUUGUUCGCUGAAAUUUGGUGUGUUGAGUCAUUUUAAACAACACGUUGAAGAUCACAUCAAUGAAACGGUCAAUUUGAAAGAUUGUUUGGCGGGAAUGUCUUCAUACGUUCUUCGGCCACAAUCAGUCGGAGGUAAUUCAAGCGAAGAAACACAUAUUAAGUCAUGUCCAAAUGGCCUAAGGUUACAUUGCUGUGAAUGGAACUUAAUUUACUGUUGUCGUGUAAACAAAUACGAAAAGCCAAAGUUGAAAUCGGAGUUACUUGGUGCGAUAAAAUAUCAAAACAAUAAUUUUAAUGUUAUUAUAAGUUAAAAGGUUAUAGAGGAAAUAUAUAUAAAUAUAUACAUUAAA